CUAUGAUAGGCGGAAGUUUACAAUGGCGUCUGCAUUCAAAAAGUCAGUUACAAAAUGUAACUUUUCCGUGUUUUAAUGUUAAACAACAGUUGAAAGUUAAAUGGAAACUUGUGAAACAUCAUCAGAGAUAAAGGAACAAUGUGAAGGUAAAUUGUGCUGUGUUUUGUGUGCUAAAAAUGAAGAACAGAUAAUAAAUGAAGAAAAGAUAUCACUUCAUUGUCUCCCAGGGACUGAUGAUGACAGAAGAGAAGCUUGGUUAGGGAAGAUUAAACAAGCAAAACCAGAUGUUCUGAUAUCCGACCAUACAAGACUAUGCAACUUACAUUUUGAAGACAAUAUUUGUGGAAGUGAUUCAGUACCCACUAAACUUUGUGUAGAUUCAAUUGAACAAAAAGACAAUUCAAAGGAUGAAAAGGUUGAUGAAAAUUUAAAUACUACAGAGAGCAAUCUCAACAACGAAGACACAGAACAACCAUCUUGUAGUACAAUCCUCAACAACAGCCAGUCUGAGGAAAAACCAGAACCCAAAUUAUCUUUGAAAGAACAGCUAGCUCAAAUUCCAGUAUGUCCAAGUUUAAGUAAGGAACCAGUCAGUGUGAGAUUGUGUGCUAUAAAUACUUAUAUCACAUGUGCCUUGUGUGGUGGAUACUUGUAUGAAGCUUCAACCAUUACAGAAUGCAUGCAUACAUUUUGCAAAACAUGCAUUGUGAGACAUAUAGAAAAGUGCCUUAGUUGUCCAACAUGUGAUACUGAAAUCCAUCCUACAGAUCCUAUUGUAAAUAUCAGGCAUGACAGUACAAUACAGGAUAUAGUCUACAGGUUACUUCCUAAUGUCGCUGAAGAGGAACAAAAAAGAGAAAAAGAAUACUAUGAAGAACAUGAAAGAAAAACAGGAGAGAAAAUAUUACCAAAAUUGACACUGCCUCCACCACCACCCACUACUCCCCCAGCUCAUGGUCAUGACCCCUUCUCAUUCCCAGUACAAAGAAAAAAGAAAACACAUUCUAGAGGGAAUAGCAGACAGAUAAGACGAGAGAUUAAAAAAUAUUUUAAUACAAAUUUUGUAUCAUUACAGCUAGAGUAUGAAGGAGAUGGUAAUAUGGAAGACUGUCCACUUUUACAGGUAGAAUUAGAUAAAAAGUUCUUACGAGUGACAUGUAAAGCCACAGUUGGAAAUAUUGCUACAUUCAUUAGAAGAAAGCUACAAUUAGAAAAAUUUUAUCAUAUUGAUUUAUACCAUCCAACGCCUACAGCCUUUCAUUUAGUACCUGCUAAUAACUCUUUAGAGAAAGUUCGAGAACAAUAUUAUGAAGGAGAGGAUGUUAUAAUGGAAUUGAGAUACAGAAUUACUGAGGAUUUGUGACACCAAUUAGAUUAUAUGUCAACAGCAAACAGUAAUGAACUAAAAACCUGUAGAUCUUAAAUAUACAAACAAUUCAACGAUAUAUAAAAGGGCAGCAAAGAUUUUGUGGUAAUGGAAUUGAUGAUUGACAUUAUUAAACAGUAUGAAAGGGAUGUUAUUGAGGAGUUUUUGCAUAUUGAUAUUGAGACAUUGAUGCCAGUGUUUAUUAAAUGUGUCUGUAUGCCUUGUUUGAAUUUGAUUAGUAUGAUUAGGGUGUAUGGUGAAAAUAAUUUUGUAUUCCUGUAUUGUUAGAGAGCUUUACAUUUAUUUUAUAUAUCUUAAAGUUGUAUCAAUCUUAAUUUAUGGGGACUAAUUAUUUACACUCGUUAAAAGAAAAAGAUUGAGAUCAAGCCAAGGAUUAGCUGAUAAUAUUUGAGACUUUGGAACUCUAGGAACAAUAAUUUAAUGAGCUCAUUAGACAUUGAAUUCAAUAAUUUUCCUCAUUUUACACUUACUCUAGUAAAUAGUUCCAUUUGAGUGUAAUCUUUUAAAUGAAUGUGGGAGGGUAGGAAGGGACGAUCUUUGUUAAUUUGCAUACAUCAAAUGGACAUACAACCAUACAUGUACUAGGACUGAUGUUCAAAAAUCAAAUCCCCUCUAACUUCCACAUUUUCCCAUGAGUUAUGCCCCUUGGAAAUAGAAUUUAAACGAAAAGUAUCAUUGUAAGCUAUCUUAUGCCUACUUUUCUUGUAGGAUAUUGAUGAAAAUUUACUGACUUUUUUAAUAUGCAAAAAGGUAAUUGUUUUGUUUUUUUAACUCUAAAUUGAACCUUUAUAAAUGUAGAUGUGGUCCAUGAAGUGCACCAUUUAUUGAAAAAUUGUGGCAAGGACUCGUGGAAGACUUAAUUUUUAGAUUAAUCUUAGGAAAGUGACAUAGCUCUCAAACAUUAUCAUAUAUAUACCUGGGUAAAAACUAUGCAAAUUACUAGAUGCUCAGCUAUGAAAUGUAUUUGUCUUUAUAAAAGUUGUGAGCUAAAAUGUCUUAUGUUCUGAUUUUGUAUAUAUUCAUGUAAAAUUGUUGAUUUUAUCAAAGGCAGUAAAAUAUUAAACCUAUUCAUAUAACUUUGUAAUUGUACUUCAUGAAAACAUUGUCCUUUGAAUCUGAAUAUUUUUUUUUACAUUAUGUGUUAUUUUCAUAACUAAUGUCACUGUUUUGCAAUUAUUUACAUGUAAUGGACAGACAAUUUAAAUUAUUUCUGUCAAUAGGUUAAAAUUAAAUUUUAUACAUACAAAAGAUAUAACACUUUAUUAUUUUCUAAUUAAUGUAACAGUUAUGGCAACACAUUUCCAACUAAUGCAGCAUCAGCAUUUGUAUUUUCUGUAAUCAUGCAAACCUUGUAGUUUUUCAUCAAGUUAUUAGUUGUUAAAGUUUUUUAAACAUUGC